AUGGCACAAAAUCGACUAGAACGCAAGAGAGCUUUUCGAGUAACCAAAAGCGGGCUUACGAAACCGUGUCCUUCAGUAGCGCGUCGUCCAAGUUUUGUCGCGCGCAUGUUCAAGCUGAUUUUUAAGCGAGGACUCUUUCGUGAUGAAACACGAUCAAAAUCCUGGGCAGGUAAACCAGAACCGAAGCCUGCUGCUGAACCUCUCGUUCGCUACGCUAGUGCUCAUGUCAUUUCAAUCCCAUAUGAGCCAUUAAUGCAUUCGGAACUGAAAGUGCGAAGUUGUAGUGAGAAAAAUGGCGACGAUGACAGUGAUGAGUGCGAUGCAAGCUGGCGACAAAGACAGACUCACUGUAUUAAUUGCGAAGUUUUAUUCUUUACAUCAUUAUCAUCGCUGAGCUGCAGUGCAGGACGAUUCUGCUCCCUCGACUGCAAAACUAGCUUUGAAUAUGUGCACCACCUUGAACAUGUGCUCGCCGUGCACACGCUCCAAAAGAAUAUCGAUUCAUUUGAUUCGAGCUCGGAUGAGGACGGUCUCGAUGUUGAGGAAUUUGAUCUCAACCAGCUUUAA